AUUUUAAUGCAAUUUAAGCUGUUUUUUUUGUAGAACUUUCUACUUAAAAGACCUAUCGGUUGAACUCAUAAUUCUUUGAAAAUUACCUUUGAUAUCUUGCAUGUUGUUCUUUUAUAGAAUGCCGUGUCGAAAGGCGAAUGUCCGGUAUCUCCUGAAGAUAGCAGUUACCAUCAUAUCGUUCCAAAUAAUGAAUUAAUGGAUUUGAUUCCGAAGGAAACCGAAUCUGGACAGGAACAAAUACAAAAACUAAAUAAUUAUGUAAACAAACCACAUAUUAGUAAAGUUAUUAUUGAGAAUGAUCUCAGCAGUAAACGAAAGAGUCACGGCAAAGUAAUUCUCGCAUCAAUCGCCAAUAAUCCACAUAACUACGUUUAUGGCCCACGACCAGACUAUCGAGGAAAAGAUCCAGAAGGAUUGAGAGAUGAUGAAUUACUCGAUGCACAAUCACCUGAAUAUCAGAAUGAUGUUAAUACGUAUGAGGCAAAUAAAAGUCUCGAUACAUUCGGUGAUAUGCGAGCCACUCAGCCCGUAAAUUGGGAAGCGAAGCGAGAACCAGGCGACCAGGACGAUAAGUACUUUGUUAAAAAACCAUAG